AUGACGGUGUUUUUUGAUCUUGGUUGCGAGACCUUCGACACCUUUAACGUGACCAUUCCGAAGACAACAACCGCCAUACAAAACAUGACUGAUGCGCAGUUCAUAUUCGACUCGGCGCGGCAACAGUACAAUGAGUUCGCAGGCGGCCUAGAAAGACACUUUGAAAGCGUCGCUACACAGCUCAAAGACUGGUUACCCGAGCAAAUGCGACCUCGUCCGCCACCACCACCACCACCUUCUCGAUUUCUCACACCCGCCACAUACUGGAAUCAAGUCAACCGGUGGGUGGCUCGAAACACUGCACUAAGCGCCGGUAUUCUCGCUUUCGUGGGUACCGGUGCCGUGCUUGUCUUCAUACAGAGAACGACACAUGUGAAGAAGAGAAGAGCUAGGAAGUCAAAUAAUGGUGCCCGAACGGAGGCUGUUGUCCUUGCUGGUUCUCCGACAUCACCCUUGACUACCGCUAUCGCUAUGGAUCUCGAGCGUCGUGGUUUCAUCGUCUAUGUUGUUACGGGAACCAAAGAAGACGAGGAACAUCUUCGCAAGCAAUCGCGUGCAGAUGUUCUUCCGUUUGACCUUGAUCUUAUUCAUCCUGACAGAGCCGAAGGCCAGAUGCAACGCUUCCAUCAUUUCCUGUCUCGCCAUCACCAUGCCUUUGACGGUGCCUCUGCUCACCGCCUGACGCUAGCAGGUGUGAUUCUCGUUCCAGACAUUUCAUCAGUAACUGUCGGAUCCAUUGCGCAACUCUCACCCGAAGCAUGGUCGACUGCGCUGAACGCCAAAGUUUUGCACACCAUCACGGUUGCAAAGUACAUGCUCCCACUAGUUACCGAAUUCAAGAGUAGGGUACUCAUCCUCACACCAAACGUGGUUUCAUCAUUGCGACCUCCAUAUCGCGCGGUUGAGAGCACAGUAUCUUCUGCGAUUGGUGCUUUUGCUGCUUCGUUGUCAUCAGAACUCAGCCUCCAAGGAUUACACGCUUGUCAUUUCAAGCUCGGAAAUAUCGAAAUUGCAGGUAGCAAACACAAAAGAGAAGAGGGUAAGAAAAGCAGGGGCACACCGGGUACAUCAAUACGAAAACUCCACGAGGCAAUCUUCGAUGCGUUACACAGCAGCAACCCUAGUCGCACAUGGCACGUUGGCAGGGGCAGCUUGAUAUACGACUUCAUCGGGUCAUGGAUUCCUAGUGGAGUUGUGGGUUGGAUGAUGGGAUUGCAGCAUGUCGCAACAAACGAAGAUCAGCGCACUCCUGAACCAGAGGACUCGUCGAGUGAUCGAUCUAUCACUUGGGAAAAGGUUUGA